UUGUAUUUCUAUCUAUCUACGGUCUUCUGUAAGCUAUGUGGGCGUCAGGACGGGUUUACUACCCCUUUUUCGGAUUUUUUUCUUUUGUCUUUUGGGGGAAAUGGAGUUCGGGGUGUUAUAGGCAUGGGAGCAUGGAAGGUUUGAAGGAAAAGGUCUGAAGGAAAUAAGGGAACAUGUAUGGUACGAUAUGUUAUGGAUAUACAUCAUCAUUGUCAUUGUUAUUGUUAGUCCGUCAUUGCAUAAGAUGAUGUCUUCCCCCCAUAUAGGGCGGGCGAGGCCGGCUAGGACUGGUGUCCGUCGGUUAUGGAGUUAUCAAUUUGUGUUCUUUAGGGCGCGAAGGUUGUUGAAUAUACAUAUGUCCGUGUGGAGAAUGAAAAAGUGUAUUGGCAUAGUACUUGUAAUUUAUGAACCCACCCUAUUGUUUGAAUAUCGUUGGCGUGGAUAAAAAAUUGAAGAUGUUAUCAGUGCCCAAGUAUUUCGAAAACACGUUCAUGUACGUC